CUAAAUCCCCACCGCCUGUAUCCUUACCGGCUGAAUCCCCACCGGCUGUAUCCUUACCGGCUCAAUCCCCACCGGCUAAGCCCCCACUUGAUAGGGAUGGACCUCUCGUGGCUUUCGAUCGCGCUUUCGCCUCUUUGAUCUCGUUUCAGCGAAAAGGUCGCGUUCCGUUCGCCAAUGUCGCAACGUUCAAUUUCGACCCCUCCGUUACAAGCGCCGCCUUCGUCGCCACGCGCUACAAGCUUCUAUCGCUGCCCGUUCCGCGUGUGCCCGAGAAGCUGACGUGGCGCGACGCGUACCCCGUAUGGGUGAACGAAUCGCGGUCAUCCUGCCCAACAAUUCCUGAACCGAGCUAUCCAGAUUGGCUGACCAGCAUCCACGCCAUCGUCGCACAUGUGCCCUGCGACGAGCCUAGCGAAUCCUGGGCGAAGGAUGUUCGCUGGCUACACCACCUUCUCACUAUAACAAGCUUCGUCAUAAGGGCGAAUCGCACGUGGUUACCAGUGGUGUUACUCUCCGCGUGCCGCCCGCCGCCCAACCUCUUCCACUGCUCGCGACUCGCGACGCGGGAGGGUGACACGUGGCUGUACAACCUGACGGCCAGUGACAUGCUGACACGUGUACAGCCCCUGGGAUCAUGCGCCAUGGCUCAGCCAAUCAGCAGCAAUGUCUCAGCCAACCAGCGCGUCGCGUAUGCUACAGUGCUACACUCAUCGGAACGCUAUGUGUGCGGCGCAAUAGUACUGGGGCACAGCAUAAGGAGGACGGGGAGCGGGCACGAGAUGGUUGUGCUUGUAUCGAAGGAGAUUAAAGAGGAGAGCAGGCGAGGGUUGAGGGAGGCGGGGUGGACGGUGAAGGAGAUUGAGAGGAUUCGCAACCCCAACGCAGUGAAGGGGACUUAUAACGAGUGGAACUACAGCAAGCUGCGGCUGUGGCAGCAGGCAGAGUACGCCAAGCUGGUCUUCAUUGACUCGGACCUGCUCCUCUUGACCAGCGUUGACUUUCUCUUCUCCUACCCCGAGAUCUCCGCCCGCGGAAACGACGGCUCAGAUUUCAACUCGGGUGUGAUGGUCCUGGAGCCGUCAGAUUGCACGUUCGAGCUGCUGAUGGCAAAUCUGGAGCGAGUGCGAUCGGCGAAUGGAGGGGACCAG